AUGUUUCUUUUUAGUUUAUUCCUUCUAACAUCAUCAGUUUUGGACGAUAUUGAAAAACAUAUACCAGAAAUUGUUGUUAAGAUACCAGUAUCAGUUGUUUUCAUCGGACAAAACGAUAUGAUAAAGAAAGAGUCAUUAUCUCAAGAAUCCCUUGAGAAAUGGUUCAAAAAUUUCGAUUUCACAACAUACCAAAAUAAAACCAAUUCAACUGAUCAGUUUAUUACUUCCGAAGUUUCAAAAGCACCUCCAAUGAAAUACAAGUUCGUUUUUUCAGUAUUCGAAUUACCAGAGCAAGUCCACAUGGUAUUUGAAAAAGUUCUAGACUAUACAGCACGUUUUAGCUAUGAUAAAAGGAGGAGAUACGUUCAUUUCUACGUAAUUGAAAGACUCCUUCAAUCAUUAGUCGAGCACUACAAGAUUCCAAAUAUUGCAUUCUUCCCACUUUGCAGCAGAGAACAAUAUUAUUACUGCGAAGGAAUGGAAAAUGCAGAAAAAAUGAGUGCCAAGAACAGCCCAGCCUUCGAAGGCGAUCUUUCUCUCAACAUCACACUUGACAAAGACAAAUCAUGGAGUAGCCAAGUCGAUGAACUCAUUACUUUGGCAAAGAACGGAUAUCCGAAUUUCUUCUCAGGCUGGAAUAGUGCAAAUACACUCUAUCUGCGCUUAAAUACAUCGGACUUCUUACGCGAAGAGUUAGUUUCGAACGCUUACAAAGGCGGAAACCGUUGUUCUCAAAAUUGGUUCACAUCCGGACGAAUUUUUUGGUCUGACAUGUUCAACAUCAUUAACAAGGCCAAAGACAAAGAAAUGAACCUUAUUUCUGAAGAUUACGAACGUGAAAUCGCCGCAUUACAAGAAACUUUCGAAUUAUGCAAAGGACCGAACCUAAAUGCCAAGCAGCGCGAGCAUUGUGAGAAAGUAAACAAAUAUAUACAGAAAUUACGUGAGGAAAAGCUCAAAUCCAACCCAUAUUCCUCAGCUCAGAUGCAAUUUUUGGGAAUGUUGAGCGCAAUCAUAUUGGAUGGCCUCAAGGAAGUUAUCACUCCAGUCACACCAACAUUUGAGACCCCGUUCUCCCGUAAAACAAAGAUUUCUAUCACUACAUUCAGCGAUACGAACAAAAAUUUCCCAUCUCUCAAUUACACGAACUACAUGACGUCGUAUUUGUUAUACAACAUGUCCGCAGUCUACGAAUUCGAGAAUAUCAACUUAAACGAGUGGCCAGGAAUUGGAAUUCCGAUUACAACUCGAGUUACUAAAUGCGACGAGUCAGUUCGUAUCCGAAAUUACGAUGACUACAGAUGUAUUGAUAAAAUGCUCUUCCGCGAGGAGCUAAGUUCGCUAGAAGUUCCUCAUGAACUAAGAUCUGACGCAAACAUCACAGAAAGAGAAGUUGUUACGGCAGUUAUUGUUGGAAGUGGAGAGCCAAUACUUUUGUCUAAGUCAUCCCCUGCUUUCGCGUACGAUUGGUCCACAUUAGCUACAUUUACAACUCAGAGCCCCGACAUCAGGCCAUUACUACGAUCAACGCUUGUACACUUGUACGGACUAACAGCCGGUGAAGGUUGGAACUCUGCAACUAUUAUGAGUCCGAGUAGUACUCAUUAUCCUCUCGGCCAACUAUCGAAGGACGUGGCGUAUAGAAACGCUAUGAGGGCUUUCUUGAGCAAAGGCCGAGCCAAAAUUGUGCAGAGGUUAGGACGUAUUAAAGAAUUGCUUAAUUUCGCAGACGAAGUAGGCGCAGGAACAGCAAGUAUAUCUAAGGAGGCUUUGGUUGAGCAGAUUAAGCAAUACGGCCAGUCUGUUGAAGAAAUAUUAGAUUUAUGCGAAAGAUUUGAGUGGCUUCAGAUGAGAAGAGAGCUCUUCAGACACAGACUGAGGCAGAAACAACUCUCAAAGCAGUUGAAAGAAAUUGCAAGACAACUUGAUGAAAACUUGUGCAGCCAAGCACCAGCAGUUAUCUUAAAGACACCUAACAGCUGGAUGGAUUGGUUUGAUAACAUUGCGAUUGUUUCUUUCCCUGUUUGGAUUGGAACUUUCUUCUUCGCGCUACUUUCUUUGUUCAUUGUGUAUUCAAGAAAAAUUAAAAUGGCAUAA